UGACGUCUGCGUUGCCAGGCUGACUGGCGGGGUAGGGUGCGAGGCGGCCGCGACCCCGGAGCCGCGCAGGCAGGCAGGCAGGCAGGCAGGCAGGCAGGGGGGCGGGGGGCAGCCCCCAUGAACCGCGCGCGCGGCCGGGCGGCGAGAUGACCGACCAGGAGAACAACAACAGCGGCGGCGGCGGCGGCGGCGGGAUCUCCGGCAACCCGUUCGCCGCCCUCUUCGGCUCGGUGGCCGACGCCAGCCUCUUCGCCGCCGCCCAGAAGCCGCCGCCGCCGCCGCCCGCCGUGGAAGAAGCCUCCGCCAGCCAGGAUGAGUCUGACAACAGUGUGUCGGAGAGUCUGGAGGACUGUGACUACUCUGUGGCUGAGAUCAGCCGCUCCUUCCGCUCUCAGCAGGAGCUCUGUGAGCAGCUCAACAUCAACCACAUGAUCCAGAGGAUCUUCCUGAUCACGCUAGACAAUAGUGAUCCUAGUCUGAAAAGUGGCAAUGGAAUCCCCUCGCGCUGUGUGUACCUGGAAGAGAUGGCCGAGGAGCUGGAGGACCAGGAUUGGCUGGACAUGGAGAACGUGGAACAGGCACUCUUCACCCGACUGCUGCUCCCAGAACCAGGGAAUCACUUGAUCUACAUGACCACCACCGCUGUGCAGAAUCUCUCAGCUGAAAGAGACGCAGGGGAAAAGCGCAUUCUUCAUUACCUCUUUGCCUGCUUCCAGAGAGCAAAAGAGGAGAUCACCAAAGUGCCAGAGAACCUUUUGCCCUUCGCAGUGCGCUGUCGAAACCUGACUGUGUCCAAUACCCGCACUGUCCUCCUCAUGCCGGAGAUUUACAUCAACCAGAAUGUCUAUGAGCAGCUGGUGGACUUGAUCCUGGAGGCGUUGAGAGGGGCCCAGUUUGAAGAGGUAACUGAGUUCCUGGAAGAAGUCAUAGAAGUCAUUACCAUGGAUGAGGAAGUGCGGUCAUUUGGAGAGGUCAUGGUGCCUGUCUUUGACAUUCUUUUGGGACGGAUCCGAGAACUGCACCUUUGCCAAAUCCUCCUGUAUUCCUACCUGGACAUGCUCCUUUACUUCACCAGACAAAAGGAUAUCGCCCAGGUCUUUGUAGAAUACAUCCAGCCAAAGGACCUAACCAAUGGGCAACUCUACCAGAAGACUUUGCUGGGGACCAUCUUGAAUAUUUCGUGCUUGCUGAAGACUCCUGGUGUUGUUGAGAAUCAUGGCUACUUCCUGUCCCCAUCUCGAUCCAGCCCUCAGGAGAUCAAAGUGCAAGAAUCCAACAUUCAUCAGUUCAUGUCCCAGUUCCACGAGAAGAUCUAUCAGAUGCUGAAGAACCUGCUGCAGCUGUCCCCGCAGACCAAACACCGGAUCCUGUCCUGGCUUGGGAACUGCCUGCAUGCCAACGCAGGCCGCACCAAGAUCUGGACCAACCAGAUGCCAGAGAUCUUCCUCCAGAUGUAUGCCUCAGACGCCUUCUUCCUGAACUUGGGGGCUGCCCUCCUCAGGCUGUGCCAGCCCUUCUGCAAGCCCCGGUCUCCUCGGCUCCUCACAUUUGACCCCACCUACUGUGCUCUGAAAGAGCUGAAUGAGGAGGAGCAGCGGAGCAAGAACGUGCAUCUGAAAGGUAUGGAAAAGGAGACCUGCUUGAUCCCAGCUAUGAUGGACCAGGAGCCUGAGUUUGCCCCCAGCUACAACCUGGUGACGGAGAACUUGGUGCUGACCCAGUACACGCUGCAUCUGGGAUUCCACAGGUUGCAUGACCAGCUGAUCAAAAUCAACCAAAGCCUCCACCGCCUGCAGGUGGCCUGGCGAGAGGCUCAGCAGAGCUCCAGCCCCACAGCGGACGGCCUCCGGGAGCAGUUUGAGCGCCUCAUGACCAUCUAUCUCUCCACCAAAGCUGCCAUGACUGAGCCGCAGAUGCUGCAGAACUGCCUCAACCUGCAGGUGUCCAUGUCCCUGCUCCUGGUCCAGCUGGCCAUUGGAAACCGCGGCACAGAGUUUGCAGACCUAACAUUCCCUCUUCCAGAAGUGAAGGAGAGUGCGCUCGCCCAUGUGCCAGAGUUCUUUGCUGAUAACCUGGGCGACUUCUUCAUUUUUCUGCGCCGCUUUGCUGAUGAUCUUCUGGAGACGUCGGGUGACUCCUUGGAGCACGUUCUGGACUUUGUGACUGUUUUUACUGGGGAUGUGGGCAGGAUGAAGAACCCGCAUCUGCGUGCCAAACUAGCAGAGGUGCUGGAGGCCGUCAUGCCCCACUUAGAUCCUGUGCAGAACUCGCUUGUCUCCAGCGUCUUCCAUCGCAAGAGGAUCUUUUGCUCCUACGUGCACGCUGCCCAUUUGGCUGAGGCACUCCUGACAGUCUUUGUGGACAUUGAGUUCACAGGAGAUCCCCAUCAGUUUGAACAGAAAUUCAACUACCGUCGGCCCAUGUAUCCCAUUCUGCGGUAUAUGUGGGGCACAGAUUCUUACCGGGAAAGCAUCAAGGCACUUGCUGACUACGCCCUGGAGAACCUGGAAGCAAUGGCCCCUCCCCUCUUUCUGCGCUUCAUUAACCUGCUCAUGAAUGAUGCCAUUUUCCUUCUGGACGAAGCAAUACAGUACCUGAGUAAGAUCAAGAUCCAGCAGAUUGAGAAGGACAGGGGUGAGUGGGACAGCCUGUCCCCAGAGGCACGGCGCGAGAAGGAAGCCAGUCUGCAGAUGUUUGGACAGCUGGCUCGCUUUCACAACAUCAUGUCCAAUGAAACCAUCGGGACUCUGGGCUUCCUGACCUCAGAGAUAAAAUCCCUCUUCGUGCACCCCUUCCUGGCAGAGCGUUUGAUCUCCAUGCUGAAUGACUUCUUACAACACCUGGUGGGCCCAAAAAUGGGGGCCUUGAAGGUCAAAGACUUCAGUGAGUUUGACUUCAAGCCCCAGCAGCUGGUCUCUGACAUCUGUACUAUCUACUUAAAUCUUGGGGAUGAAGAGAACUUUUGUGCCACAGUGCCGAAAGAUGGGUGGUCGUAUUCCCCAACUCUCUUUGCUCAGACAGUCCGAGUUCUGAAGAAGAUUAACAAGCCGGGUGACAUGAUCGUAGCAUUCAGCAACCUGGCAGAACGGAUCAAGUCCCUUGCUGAUCGCCAGCAGCGAGAGGAGGAGACCUACUCGGAUGCCUGUGAUGAGUUCCUGGAUCCCAUCAUGAGCACUUUAAUGAUGGACCCUGUGCUGCUGCCCUCUUCCCGGGUCACAGUGGAUAGAUCAACCAUUGCCAGGCACCUGCUGAGUGACCAGACGGACCCUUUCAACCGGAGCCCUCUUACCAUGGACCAGGUCAGACCAAACACUGAGCUGAAGGAACGCAUCCAGCGGUGGCUUGCUGAAAGGAAAACAGCACAGGAGAUGAUGACGGACAUUCUGUGACCUGGCUUAGACGAAGCGGUCGUGACCUUCUCCAAAGUUCCCUCCCCCCUUGCAGGUGACUGGACCCUGAAGCCCACACACCCCCAACCCAAAGGGAUGGGACUCCUUGAUGCCGCCGCCGCCGCCACCGUUUUCCUGUGGUAGAAAUCUCCAGUUUCUCCCCGGCUGAUUUGUCUGCUGUUGUGGCUCAGUGGCAGGUGCCAUCGCCAACACCGCCCUCUACCGUUGCUGCUGCUGCAGCUCUUGUGCCAGAAACUUAUCUUUAAACUCUGGGGUUGCUGUGAAGGCAAAAGCUCUCACCCCAGCCCUGUUUUGGACAGGCCUUUGUUCUGCAAGCCCCUCCUGACUUGGUCUCUGAAGAGGAUGCUGGCCUGCAGCACCCGCCCCCUUGGGCUUAAGGGAGUGGGCUGGGAGGGAAGAAUUCAGGGGCACCAGCAGGUCUUGUAAGUGCUGCAGGGGUUGUGCUGUGCCAGAGGUGUUGGCCCAGCGUGGCUCAGUUCAUUGUCAGAGCCAAUCCCCUUCUUGAUGUGGAGGCCUGUUGGGGGGAAAGAAAAGCACUGGGCACAGACAGGCUCGUACAGGUGCCCCAUCAGUCCUGCCUGCAUUUGUCCUGUGCCUGUGUUAUGUCAAUAUGUAUUCAGUGUGUAUAUAGUGUGACAUUUACCUUCAGACAAUAAAAAUGACAGAGGUUCUAA